AUGCACCACAGUACACCAAAGGCAUUUAAUGAAAAUGUAUUACAAAGACGACGUGGUGCAAUAAAACAUGCUCGAGUUCAUGAAAUACGCGGUCAUCACUUUGUUGCAACGUUUUUUCGACAACCAACAUUCUGCUCAUUAUGUUCUGAUUUCAUAUGGGGAUUUAGAAAGCAAGGUUAUCAGUGUCAAUUGUGUAGUGCUGCUGUACAUAAAAGAUGCCACGAAAAAAUGUUAAAAACAAUCGUAUCAAUCUUUUGUUUUUUUUUCUAUAAAAAUUUAUUAAAAAUAAAUAAUAAAAUCUUUAAUUUUUAUUUAAAAGAGCGCUUCAAAAUUGAUGUACCGCAUCGAUUUAAAUCUUAUAAUUAUAAAAGUCCAACAUUUUGUGAUCAAUGUGGAUCACUGCUCUAUGGCUUAUGUAGGCAAGGCCUCAGAUGUGAAGUUUGUGGUGUUUCUUGUCAUCACCGAUGCCAAAAAUAUAUGCCAAAUUUAUGUGGCGUUAAUCAAAAGCAACUCUCAGAGGCACUAUUUGAAAUCAAGCAAGGCCCUCACAGUCAAACAAGGGUUUAA